AUUCAACAGUGGUGUAUCAACAAUGCUGACGUCCGGUUUUGGUGGAAUCACUACUUUAAUAAUCCUACAAAUAAUAGUCUUGCCACAAGGAAUUUCUGGAGAUUAUGAACUGGCCUAUUUAGCUAAAAAUGAAGAUGACGAUGGAAGCAAAUUUUGGCUACUUCAAGAAAGCGAUAAAUAUUUAAGCUUUACUUGGAUUCCAUUUAGUCCACUUGCAGGCUACGAGUUUGAGUUGGAAUUACAUCUCAAAAUAGUGUCAAGCCCUUCUAUCAUACUUAGAGAGGAUACAACGUCUGCUCCAUUCGAAGCCAUUGGAUACACAUGUGAGUAUUCACGAUAUAGUAUCACAAGGAAAACAACCGAGUCGUGGCGACGUACGGCAGGAUCACAUGAACUUUACUACAAAAGAAUUCCGAGGAUCGAAAAUGUCAAACAGCAGUCUGGAGAGCCUAGAAGUGUAACGUGGGAACAAGAGUCCGCCUUCUGUAAUAGCGAUGAUGUUACAAUUAUCUUCAGUGGACAAGACGAUCAACCACUUGAAAUGAUCAUCGUACAGGGUGAUGAGAAGAAGUAUACUCUGAGAAAUAAGGCGGAAAAUCAGUUGAUCUUCACUGUCUCACAUGGAAACAGAUUCUCUCUACCGACAUUAGAACACAUAAGCAGUGAAGCGGUUGGAGAAGAAGAUUCCAGUUGGACAGAAUAUAUAAAUACGAAAAACACUAUGCAGAUAUAUUCUUGCCUUCGAGAAUGGAGGUCACAUCGGGCGAUAAUUUCACUUAUAUUAUGCAGUCUAGAAAUGGUAGUUCACCGACGUCUGAUUCUGCUUCCGAAGUGAAUUGGAUUCUGGGACAUACACAGUUUAUUUCCUCCAGAAAUGAAUUGUGUAGAUCUCGUUUUAGUACUACAAAAGUAUCAUCUACAUAUCUUAACCAUAUUUUAGGAGUGAGUAUGCUUGAAAAGAUGUUAUUUUCGAAUUUAUUCAUGAAAAGGUCGGCGACUAUCAACAGUUAUGAUAAUAAUGUAGAGCCUAAUUAUGCAAUAUACUGAUGUAUAUGAAGAUUUCAUAGCUAAGACAUUUAACAACGUUAAAAGCACCAUCAAAUGAUUUGAUUCAAGCACUCAAUGAAAUAAUGCCCCAACCAAAACAUGUUACUAUCACAUAUGUGUCAACGUCAUUCCGUGUACACGAUAUCGAGACAUUCCAGAAGGAGUGCAGUCAACCUAUUGAUGAUCCACUGCAGAUGUCAGUAUUAUGUAUGACGUGUUGAAAUGACGCAUCGACUGUGUCCUGUUAUGCUUAUGUUUUAUUGAAUCCUUCCAUAUUCAUUUUGAUCUUCCGACAAUAUACAAUAUUGUGCAGAAACAGCAUUGCACAAUAAUUAUUCACGGUUGGGAAUGACUACGCAACACUAUGCCACGAUCCCUACGUAAUAAAGUAUGUCUUUACACGAAAAGGCAAUUGAAAAUGACUACUGUUUGACUAGAUGCUCACAAGCUUUUGCUGAAGCACGGAGGUCAGUGAAUAAGCCGUGGAGUAGGUCGUUGGCCUCAGAAAUCGAAUUAUUCAAAAUAUAUCCCGAGUUCGAGUACUACAUACUCCGGUUAUCCCAUCUGCGUGACUGACUGGUAUCAUCAAUCUCCAGAUAAAACCUGCAGCUCACAGACUGCUGCAUGAACGAUCUACUCCGCCCUGCUCACUGGAAACAAACACACCAAUAAAGAAGGUAAACACACAUGCAUUUGGUCCGUACAUUAUUGGGUAGAUUGCUGGCGAGGUGGACAUAAUCACCGCGGUGAAUUUUCGCCUAAUUUUCACAUAAUCCACUUGUAAA